AGUAAGCGUGGGCGUGCUGACUUCCUGCUCUGAGGAAACGCUCUUCCGACAGAGACAAACUGAAACGUUUCAGAUCUGUAGUGAUGUGGAAACAUAGAUCUCUAACACACACACACACACACACACACACACCCAGAGGUCCGUUCCAGCAGUUUCUGCUUCAUCAUAGAGAGACAUGCCUCCUCAUCGCAGCAGUGGCUGGUUUAUCAGACAUCGACUUUGAGCCGAUUCGGUUUGUGUCAGACGACUCUGGAUUAUGAGCCUCGUCUCGUCAGGAAGUUCAUUCAUAACAAAAACACGUCAGACGUUUAAAGUUAACUUAAAGUGAACCUGAGAAGCAAGAAAAGAGGAUCUGCGGAGAUCAGAAUGCAUGGUGUUGAGCUGAGGAGCUGAGCGCAGCUCAGAAAAUAAAUCGUCUUCAACUGAAAACACUCAUAAUGAGCUCAUUCAGCUUCGUUCCUGCUGAGGAACCAGUGACGCCGCCGCCACUGACCACGCCCCCUCGGAAAGCCUCAGUCCGCCUCCAGGAACGGCGGGGCUCCAACCUGUCGCUGCUAUUGGAUGUGAGCAAUCUGGGGGCGGAGUCAGUUUGUUCAGUGACCACGCCCAAAGAGGUGUGGCUUCAGCUGCUACAUACCUCAUCCCGAUCGCUUGCACAUGCGCAGUUACAGGAAGCUGCGGCAGACACCAGCGCUCUGAACACGGAGUACCAGAAGAUUCCUCCGAACUUCGUGAGCGCAGCCGAGCUCGACGCUCCGGGACACAUUAUGAAAGACAGAUACAAAACCAUCCUGCCCAACCCAGAGACUCGGGUGAUUCUGAAGAACCUGGAGGAAGAACCGGGUCCGGAUCGCUACAUCAACGCCAACUAUGUCAGGGGCUACAGAGGGGCUCCGAGGGCCUUCAUCGCCACCCAGGGGCCGAUGCUGCACACUGUGGGAGACUUCUGGGACAUGGUGUGGCAGGAGCGGAGCGGCAUCAUCGUCAUGGUGACCAAGCUGAAGGAGAACAACGAGAAAUGCGAGUCGUACUGGCCGCAGCCGAGGGACGGGACGAAGGUGAAGGAGGAGGACGAGGACCGGCAGGACGAGAUCCAGAGGGACGAAGACGAGGGACAGGCGCGUCGCUUCGGCAGAUUCCUGCUGAGAGUUAAAGACAGCCAGGAAAAAAACGGCUUCAUCAUUUCUGAUCUGCAGAUCCAGCUGGACUCUGAGCGCCGUCCGGUCAGACACUACUGGUUCAGCUCCUGGCCCGACCACCACAUCCCAGAAUGCAUUGUUUCUCUGCUGAAGCUGGUGGAGGAGGUGGAGACGCACAGGAAGUCCCUUGAGCCAAUCACAGACGCCGUUCUGGGUAACGGACCAAUCAUUGUCCACUGCAGCGCAGGCAUCGGGCGGACGGGUUGCUUCAUAGCCAGCAGCAUCUGCUGCCAGCAGCUCAGAGAAACCGGACAGGUGGACAUUCUGGAGACGGUUUGUCAGCUCCGACUCGACAGGGGUGGGAUGAUCCAGACCACCGAGCAGUACCAGUUCCUGUACUCCACACUGGCCCAGUACAGCCGCCAGCUGCAGCAGAACCAGGACCAGAACCAGGCGAACACAGACUCACAGAACCAGCAGACCCCUGAGGACCAGGCCAGCAUGCGGCUGCAGAACCUUCGACUGCAGAACUGAGAAAAACCAGAACCCACAGAACCAGCAAUGCCCUCAAAGAAAUCUGAGGAAAGCAGCACAGCAGAGGAAAACCAGGAGAACCAAGAGAACCAGGAGAACCGAAGGGUCGCUUGUCAGCAACAAACUGGACUGACAUGAAACCGAAUCCAUCAGGGCAACACAGCAGAACCAGAACUGGAUCUUCUGUUUGGCUCUGAAAGUAUGGAGAACCCAAAGAACCAAAAUGUUCAUCAAGGACUGAAAAGAGAAAUAAAAAAUUUGAUUAUUAAAAUGAAAUAGAUUUAUUGUUUACAUGUUUGUGUUUGUUUCUCAGAGAAGAGCAGAGCUGAACCCGACCAUCAGGUUCUGUUCAGUCAACAACUAAACCUCCAUGGUUCAGAAAGUUACUUUAAAAAAUAUUAACUUUUGAAUGGAACUGGAAGCUUUAAUGAAACAAAGUCUGAAAACUUGCUUCAGAUUAUUUUCUGGCUGUUUGCUUCAGUUCUCUGUGGUUUUUUAUCAGAAAUGUAUAAAUUUAGGUUUGUUUUAAAUUAAAAAUAUUUG